AUGGGUGUCUUCAACGUUCAAGAACAUUUACGACAUCGCCGAAAUCGGGAAAGCGAAGAAUCGUACGGGACAGAACUGUAAGUAUCGUAGAAUGUUUUGUUUUGGUUUUUUGCGCGGUUAAAUAAUUUAUUUACUGUAAAAACCGGUAAAAUCUGUAAGUUUAAGUUCCCUAUUUCAUCUUUGAUUUUCUAUCAACAGCUAUAAAUAAGCUGAUGACAAUGCUGCUUGAUUUGCGAAUUAAACCAGCUAGCCAAGUGUGGUGUCCUUAGCUUGUUUAUAAAUGGGACUCAGAGUAAGAUUCCCCCCUUUUCUUAUUUCGAUUAGCUAGCUGGUUAUGUAAUUCGCGUUCGAGUGGUAAAACCAUAUGAUAUAUCCCACGAUCUCGAUUGAUGAUAUUAUGAUUGGGCAGAGCACGAUAAAACAUUGCUGUUAAAACCAAUUUACCAACGAAGAUUCCCUCGUCCAGCCAGUGAGCUUUGACCGGCGCCCGGUAAAUUUGGGAGAGACCAAAAGCCGGUCUGCUGAGCAGGAAGUCGUCGAGAGCUCAAACUCUGACAGGAACAUCAAGUUGGGCUCUUUGGAAAACUCAUAAUGCUUCUCAUGCUAGCUGUUUAUAUUGCGUCACAAGGGCCAAGUUGUUUUUUUCCUCAUUAAGCCUAUAGCUUGUUUUUGCAGUCGUCGUUGCUCUUACUCAAGGCCAUUUUGUUCCCCCUCAGGGGCUGGGAAGAGGAUUUUGUUGAGCCUCCAGACGCACCGCAGCCCCAACAAGAAGCAGCUCAAAGGCGCACUAUCCGUCAGCGUUCACAGAAAAGUAAAAUACAUCAUUUUAACACGAAAUUCCCAGCAAGAAAGGUUAAAACUGGAAGCAGACAGAUGAGGCGACAUGAAAACAGUUAGUAUUUUUAUUGUUUUGGAGAUGCACAUGAAAAAUAGAUUAUCUGUGGCUUAUUUUUAUUCGAAGAUAAUAGUUGAAGAAAUAAAAUUAUCUUCCCUUGUUCAAUUUCAUUCUGUAAUAUCUUUUGCUGUGGUAGUAAACACUGAGUAUAAAACAAAGGGGUUGCCCACUUGGUUGGGAUCCUGUGAACUAGUGCCUUGGAACUGCAGUCACAGUCAAAAUGGUUGGGACACUUUGGGGUCUCCUUGUCCCCUCAAUGUUGGUGUACAAGAUUUGGUGACCAAACCGCGAUAAACAACUUUGAGAGGGACAAGGGGAGCAGGAGAAGGAAAAAAAACAGCGUUUCGUUAAAGUGUCCCAACUAUUUUUGUCUGAGACUGCGGCACACAGUGGUGUUUUGUUCACAUCUUGGGUACCUGAUAUGAAACUGUCCACAUAGUUACUCCCUUUCACGCUGUCAGACGCAACUUGGAAACUUGAGCUUUGAAGGGAGUACGAAGCAGUGGUUUGCAUUAUAACUAACAACACUGGUGUGCACACAGGGACCUGAUGCCCACUGUUGUGCCUGGGUACAUGGUCUCAACCUUGAACUCAGGCACUGGCACGGUUACCUUAUUGCAGCAUGGGUAGUUGAAAAAAAACAUGUGUUCACAUUAACAUUAGUACCCUAUGAGUACCAUACUCGGGUACCUUUCCAAGUGUGAAUGCUGUCAAAGAAAUUGUUAAGAUAUUACCCACAAAAUUGGGUACUUUGGAGAACAAAACAAUCCCAGUUCAAAGUUCGGGUGUUUCUGGCAGGUAGCUCAUACAGCAGCACAACAUUGCUUAGAGAGGGUGGGUAAGGAAAGCUUCAUUUUCCCUUUUGAAAUUGGCAACAUGCCAAAAAAGCCCUUUGAGGCACAGUGACUACUUUUUGUUGCCGAUUGAAGGAUUAAGAGAACCACAAAAUAUUAAAGUCUUUUUCAGGAUUGCCAAAAGCAGUGAACAGGCUGUGAUCAAUGUACCAGCUUAGAAUAUGCAAUGUCUGUUUUUAGCCUGUUUCCUUCUGAGUCUUGUCGAUCAUGAGGAAAUUGAGGAACUUGACAUCAGUGACUUGGUUAACAACAACACCAGUGUGUUUGCCUCACUUUUAACAAAUGCAGAAAAAAUGAAGGUAUGCUGUUUGAUGCAUUUUUUCUGGGAGAAAGGAGAACUUUCUUAUGGCCUACAGGACACUGGACAUGGCAUGCAUGCUUUUUGGCCCAUCCCCAACUAGGGAAAACUGUUAUUACAAUGAAAAAUACCACAUGUUCCAAAGAAAAUAUUACUUUUUAACGAAACAAGGGUCCAUCUAUUUUGUAUCUUGUCCCACAAAGGGUUCUAAUUUAGCAGAAUGCACUUUUCUUUUUUGUCCUAAGCAAAAGCAAGGUCGUGAUUCUUACCCCACAGUGGCAACCCUAUCCCCGAACGCGAGUUUAGUACCCCUGGGUUGUUUAUGAAUGUUCCAGGUCUAACUUCCUUCUAUAAUUCCUUGUAUGUCAAGAUCUGGAAUGAAUUUGUGAGCCUGUCUGAGGAAGAACAAGAUCUUGUCAUUACAAGAAGAACAUCAUCUCCUCAAGAGAAGGAAAUCAACCGAGAAAGUACUGAGGAAGAACUUGUCUUGACAGAAAGAGGUUGGUCAAAAUGUUGUUAAGUAUAUUUUGUCUUUUCCACAACUGUGGAGUUUAUACAAUUUUGCAGGGGGUGUAAUUAAAUGAAGCUGUUACAGGCUUUAAAAAAGUUGUUUCUCUUUACAUGUAGAUUAAGUUAGAUUAGUUUAAGUUCAAUACAGUUUGUAGCCCAAAAAGUUAGCCACUGCUUCGUUGUUAAACUGAACUGAACUGAACUUGUUUGUUAUUCAAACAUAGCAUGUCAGACAGGCCCAGUCUAAAACUAAAAAUCUAGCUCUUGGGCUGUCAAUAAGGUUCAAGUUCAGGGUGAGAAGAAAAUCAGUUUUACAGCCUGCCAUUCGAGCAAGCUGUAGCUAGCAUGUACUAGCCCACAAGUCAUUUCAUCAACUAGCCCCAAAACCCUUUUUGGAUUAACGGGAUUGAUUACAAUCCUUCUGUAAUUUGAAUUUCCCCCAAAACAGCACUUGCCUGUCGGGCAACUUAAGAACAAAAAUUAAUCACUUAUAGCCCAAAUAGCAAAAUCCACUAGCCCCGGGCUAUCGGACACGACUUUCUUUGCACACUAAAGUUCCUAGAUCAAUGCAAUUGUUUGGCAGGAAACUGAACAGCUAGGAAGUUCUUCGUGUUCAGCUUCCCUUUUGUUUCUCCUCAAAGUAGCUGCAGGUCGUGCUUUUCGCAGCCAGGGGAAAUCCUUGUCCCUCAGCCCUUAGGGACAGCCCUGCAGCACUCUGACCACUUGUAACAUAGAGUAUCACUUCAUAAAAUACAUGUCUCUUGGGGAGAGGGCCUUCGCUUAUGUUGGCCUUUCACCAUGGAACACUCUUCCUUCAGCUGUCAGGAGUAUCCAUAGUGUUCAGGGUUUAAAGUAGGCUCUAAAGACUCUCGUAUUUUGUUUGGCAUUUGCCCAGUGAACUUUGCUUUUGUACAGUGAUUGAAGUAUUUUAUUUUAAGUAUUUUCUCUUGGGGUACUGUUUGUCAUGUUUGUGUUUGUCAGUUUCUUAUAACGGCUUUAGAAUAUGAAUAUACUCUUAGCACUAUGUAAAUAAAAUGUCUUCUCUUAUUUCAAUUCACUGCAUCUGUAGAUGCUGUGGUAACUGCAGAAAGGUCUUUCAACAAAAUUGAAGGACAGAUCAGGGGAACACUUCUAAACAAGCGAUUUUCAAUGGUAUGUUUUACUAUUAAGUUAGUAGAUAUUCGUUUCUAUUGAUAGCAAUAAGUAUGUCUUGACCAACACAUUUCCAUAUCAGUCAUAUUGAAGACUCAAGACUCAUGGCUGUGCAGUGUUUUUUAAUCAGGUUAAAAACUCCUUUUCACAUUAAAUUUAUCUCCACAUACCAUAAAUAAUGAACAGUAAUCUUGGACAAAUUUAGAACCAAAUUUUAUCAUCAUUUUUCAAGGACAUCUUAUCGUAAACUCUGGUAUGUCGGUGAUUCUUCUUGUUUUUGUUUUAGGCUUUAUUAAAAAUGUGUUAAGUAUGUAGAUGUAUGACCCAUUCAUUUCUCUCCUCGUUUUUUACAUGCUUCUUUUACCUUUAAUACAGGGUGGGCUGAGUAAAAAGAUGGGUGUGUUAAGAAUAUAGAUGUAUCACCCAUUCAUUUCUCUUUUCGUUUUCUACAUUUUUCUUUUUUUACCUUUAAUACAGAGUGGGCUAAGUAUGUAGAUGGGUGUGUUAAGUAUAUAGAUGUAUCACUCAUUCAGUUCUCUUUUCGUUUUUUUUUUUUACAUUUUGCUUGUUUUUUUAAAACCUUUUAUACAGGGUGGGCUGAAGCACCAUGAAGAGGAAGUGGUUUCCUACUUUUCUGAUGACCCCGGUUCCGUCAUGAUCACAAACAUACCAUCCAGGUGUGUUCACAGCUAAAUACUGGUGCUAUGCUCAUUUUGGUCUGUAUUUUUGUUGAAAGUAAUGCUAAUUAUUUUUCUUUCACUGUGUUGCAGUUUUGACAGACUGUUGGUUCAUGGUGUUUGCCAGUUCCUUGAUUUAAAAUCCAGCAGUAAGUUAUAGCAUUUUAGAACCUGAUCAUAAUCCCAGUGAGAGUGAUACAAGGCUGUUACAGCUGGCUCUCUAGUAGAGUUUUCUUGGGAGUGGCAAAGUCAUGAGACAAAACUCACCAACCCGAAGAAGAGUCUCUCGUUUCUAAUCUACCCACCAGCUUACAUGAAACUCAUUUGGUGGGAAGCCAGUCUGAAUAGUGAAACAUGGAAUUCCUACAAACAGUGUGCUUGCAGCCUUGUGUGAUACAGAAGAAUGCUUGCUAUAAGUGCUUUUACAUUGUCGUGUGGCAGACAAAUGGCAUUCAUUGUGUGAGAAGUUGGUUUUCUUCAACAUCGUGCUAUUGCCAAAGAAAGAAAAUUCAAACCUGUUUGUGCAUUAUUAUAAUAAUAAUAAUUACCAUCUAACUUAGAUUCCUUGUUAAAUUUUACUUUUCUCUUGUCAAAUUUACCCGUCUUUGUUGCCAGAUACCAACAUCAAGUCUUAGUUGUUGGACCCUAAGUAGUUCACUAUGUGUGACACUGCAUGGCCUUAUUUUAUCAACCUACUUAUUUUUGAUUCCCUUUUUUUCAUUUUUAAUGCACAGGUUUAAACCGUAAUGGUGAUCGUAUCAUGGAGAUUGAAAACAAGAGGGAAACAUUCUGUGUGCCAGCUCUUCUUCUUUCCCAAUAUUUAGAACAGCACAGAUAG